AUGCCUUCGCGAACCAAGGACGAGCAGCCUCAGGCUGAGGAUACCAACAUGGAGGAUGCCCCAGCCUCUGCGCAGCCCGAGGCGAAUGACGAGGAAAAUGAGGAUGAGGAAGAGGAGGAGGAGAAGAUUGACCCUCAGCGAGUCCGAAUUCUGCCUGGCUCAACAGACACUGCUGCCUCUUUCGAGUUCACUGAUGAAGGUCACACUCUUGGAAAUGCCUUGAGAUAUAUUGUCAUGAAGAACCCUGAUGUCGAGUUCUGCGCUUACUCCAUUCCCCAUCCAUCAGAGCCUAAGAUGAACAUCCGCAUCCAGACCUACAGCGGAACUGCGGUUGAUGCUCUCAAGAAGGGACUGAGCGAUAUCCAAGAAGUCUGUGAUGUUGUUGCCGAUGAGUUUUGGACUAAGAGACAGGCGUACAACGCCGAGCAGGGUAUUGAUCGAUGA